AUGUCCCUACGUGACAUCGAGCCUGAAAUUUCGCCACCAAUCUGCAUCACGCUCGGAGACCAAGGACUGUACGUCAGACACCCUUACCGCGUAGCUUACCGGCACCUGGACGCCUCCAAUAUGUCGAGAUACGACCGUGAGGACGAAGGCUACUUCCGUCACGAUCGGUACGCCAGCAACAACGGAAGCGGCCACCUGCAGCCUCCAUCGUCGCACCAGCGGCCCCGCUCCAUGCCGCCCGUCCCGAGCGAGCUGGUCCGCGGAGGAGGAGGAGGAGCCCCGCUCAUGUCGUCCGCCUCUACCCGCUACGUCAGUAGGAGUCGGAGCAGGACCCGCAGGAGCAUCAGUCGCAGCCGCAGCCGCUCGCGCGACCGCAACCGUGGACAUCAUCAUCAUCACCACCACCAUAACCCCAUCGAUCAGGCUGAGCAUGCGCUCAAGCAUACCUUCACGUCGUCCAACUCAGGGAUAGGCGUCGGCAUCCUCGGCGCUGUGGUCGGUGGCCUGGCGGCGCGGCACAUCACCGAGGCCUCGUCUUCAUCAUCAUCUCGGCAAGGCCAUCACCACCAUCACCACGGCGGUAGCAGCAGCAGUCAGCAGGAGAAGAAGGAGCACGAGGCCAGGCUGCUGGUGUCGACGCUCGUGGGCGCUGCCGUGGGUGGUCUAGGCGCCAACGCGCUCGAGCGGAGGAUCGAGCACAACCGCGACAGGAAGAUUGAGCGCGAGGAGGAGUGGAGGGGCAGGGAUCGCCGGGUCGCCGGCAGGAGGAGUAGGCCGUCGCCGCGCGAGGGGCUCAACUCGGACUACUACCGCGAUCACCCGGCCAGCCCCGACUUUGAGCGGGAUCACGUCUAUGACGACAGAGGCCCGAGGAGGAAGCUGGAUUAUUAUUGA